CGGGGAUCAUUCUCUUUUACUUUCACUAAGACGUAAUUAGAGUGGCAGAGAAAAAUUCCCGCAAUUCCUGUACCUGUGCAGUAAAAUCUAUAAAAUAAAUCCUUUGUUGAAAGAGCCGGGUACAAAAACAAAUUAGAGGCUAAAAACCCAUUUUUUUUAAUUUUUUCUAUAAUUUCAACUUGCUGCUUACUAGUUACUCGUACAUGUUUAACUGUCGUGACAUGUGUGUCACAUUGAGUCAUCUGUCGUUUAUUUUGACAGUAUGGAAUGUAAAAUCUGGCAACAUUAGUUUUAUGAUAGAUGUGGUUUAGAGAGAAAGUUUAUUACUAGUUUUUAAUGUUCGUAGGCGCAAAUAAGGAUUUAAAUUGAGCCAAAAUACCAUAAUAAUUAUUAAUUUUCCAAAUAAAAAACAGUAUCAAAGUAAUUAUACUUAUUCAAUUGAAAAGUAGGAAUGAGUGCCAUCUGGGGCUGUGCCUGUGUGUAGUGAUUGAAGGUAUCCUAGCAUAGAAGUAGCGAAGACAGAAUGCCGAGGGGAGAGCAUAGGCCUAGCGUAUUGUUAAGCCGCGAGGAGAACGAACAGGUUUUCAGUCUCAUCGGACCGAAGUGCCAGAGCUUAGCAACGGCAGUAGUUCAGUUGUUUACUACAGAGGGACCAGCACAUUCAGAAUGGAAGAAAAAGGAUACUGGCAUCUUGUGCUUGGUGAAGGACAACAGCAAGCGGUCGUACUUCUUCCGCAUUUACUGCCUCUACAGGAAGGCAAUGAUAUGGGAACAUGAAGUGUACUUGCAGAUUGAAUAUAAACACCCGAGGCCUUAUUUGCAUACGUUUGAAGCUGAAGACUAUAUGACAGCUUUUAAUUUUGCCAAUGAAGAUGAAGCGAAGGUCCUCAGAAAUAUCCUCAUUGAGAAGAUUGAAUUAAGGAAGCAAAAGCGUGAAGAGCGACGGCAGCGGUCGAUGCUGGCGUCGCGCGCCAACAGCCAGCAGUCGGCGCGCCACAACGGCGUGCCGCCCGCGCCACCCGGCCCGCCGCCCGCGCCCGCCCCCGCACCCGCGCCCGCACCCAUGCCGCACCAUGUGCCCGCGCCGCCUCUUAAAUCUAUAUCAUCUGGUAUGUUGAAGAAUACCAGCAAGAAACCAAAGAUGAGAAAAAUCACAAAAGCUGACAUUGGAAAUCCACAAGACUUCAAGCAUAUAUCCCACGUCGGGUGGGACGCUAACAAAGGUUUUGACUUGGACAACCUGCCGGAGGAGGAGAUGCGGUCGUUCUUCUCGAUGGCCGGCGUGUCGGCGUCGCAGCUGGAGGACUCCAGCACGCGGCAGUUCAUCUACGACUUCAUCAACGAGCACGGCGGCGUCGACGCCGUCAAGGAAGAGCUGCACAAGCCCGACCCCGCGCCCGCACAAGGUGGUGGAGGGUACGGGCGCGGCGCGCCGUCGCCGGCCCCGGCGGCACCCGCGCCGCCCGUGCCGCACCGCAGUCCCGCGCCUCCGCACCCGCCACAGCCGCCCUCACGCGCGCCCCCGCCGCCGCCGGCGCGCGCCGUGCCGCCGCCGCCGCCGCCCGCCGCCUCCCGCAAUCCGCCACCGCCGAGACCCAUUCAGCCACCAUCGAGUGGCCCACCGGCGGUGCCGCCGCCGCCGCCGCCGACGCAGCCGCCGGCGGGCGCGCCGCCGCCGCCGCCCGCGCCGCCCGCGCCUCCCGCGCCGCCCGCCCCGCCGGCACCGCCCGGCCCGCCAAACGCUGCGGUGCCACUGGACGCAAGAGCCGCACUCAUGGAAAGCAUUCGCAGUGGAAACAAGUCUUUAAAGCACGUGGAAGCCGGGUCCAAGCCGGCCGCUGAGGACAACCGGAGCAACUUGCUCAGCGAGAUCCGUCAGGGCGUGGAGUUGCGAUCCGUGCAGGCUUCGCGGCCGACCAGCAACGGCGCGGCGCCGGCGGCGGGCACGGGCGGCGCGUCGGGCCUGGCCGUGGCACUGCGCCGCGCGCUGGACGAGCGCUCGCGUGUCAUCCACUCCUCGGACUCCGACGACAGCGAGCCUGCCACCAGCGACGACGAUUGGGACUAACCGCACUAUGACACCUACUCCCUCCGUUCAUAUUUAUUUUCAACAUUCUACUUUUACGUCCUGAAAUAACAUGCUCGAGGUAAUGUGCUGUAUUUCAGUGUUUGCUUUUUAAGCUCCAUUUUACCUUAUGUGCCGUCUUUUCGCCUUAACUUCUGAUAACUGACUGACAUUUAUACUGACUCACCUCCCAAUAUACAACAUUCUCGACUUUAUGUUAGAAUAAAAUACGAAUAUUAUAGGCACCACUAUACGAAUUCAAGUAGUGUAGAACACCACAACAUACCAUAUAGCCUGGCAUGGCUGGCAAUAGAAAAGUGCGGUAAAUUUAACAAAUGUACGCUUUGUAAGUUGACCUGCAUUUGGUUGGCAUCAUAAAAUAACCUAGCAAUAGUAAUAGAAGUCAUAUCAUGCAAUGAGUUUGUAUGUAGAGGUAAGCUGUACUGUAUGUAUAAUGAAUGUGUAUAUAUUGUAUCUAAUUGUAGAAAAUUGACUGACAAAACAAUGGUGAUUUUAUAAUUAUAGCAUUUUUGUCAUAAAUACGAUUAUUUCCAGUUUUUGGUUGUUACUGUCUCAAGUGAAAAAAACUAUAUAAUAGCAAUAUGAACACCACAAAUUUACUAAAUAUUGACAUAUUAUACCAACUAAAUAGAUUGGACUUAACCAUGACAUUCAGAAAAUUCCAAUUUCCAUCUACGCCCACGACGUACACUUUUUACAAUAUAGUAAAACAAUAUACUUAAUUGGUAUAUUUUUAGUCGGCAACCAUUAUGGUUGGACUAUGAUAGUCAUUGUAUGGUUUUAGUUAAAAUAUUUAUUAGUUUAGUUUAUUAUAAGCGUGUCGAUAGCAUUACCUUUGAGGUAUUUGGUAUAUUGUACGGACACGCGUUGAAUGUACGAUUCAUAUUGGUCAAGCUGGACGGAACCUAUUUGGAGCACCUUAUUACGCGCCAAAAAGGAAUUUAAAUAUUUUGUAUAAUAAAGUAUUGUGCCGGAAUAUUACUCGACCGCAAUCAGAAUACGGUUUGAAAGAUUUAGAUUUAUUUCUUUCAUAAUAUUAAAUUACAAUAUAAAUAAUUUUAAGCUAAUCUAUAUGAAUUUAUAUUAUUAUCGUCAACUAUUUAUUAUAUGCAAUAUCACGACAGAAAAAAUAUCAAAUAUCAAUAGCAAAAUGAAUUCACAAUGUCAAAUAAAUAUUGGGAAAUAAUAAUACAAUGUCGAAUAAUAGCAUUAUUAUGGAUAAGAUGUCAAAAUGGCUACUUAUACUCAAGCUCAAGGCAUUACAAUAUUAAAAUAAAAUAACAAUUAUCAUAUCAAUUCACAAUAUUAAAUGUCAUUUCCAUGUAUUUUUUUACAGAAUAUAAUGGAUUAUCCAAUUAAAAAGAUCUUAAUUGGCGUUCAAAUUCUUCGUCGGAAGGUUCGGUUUGCAAUUCUGAUAUUUUAGAGCAGCUUUAUAAUUUAAUUAUACACCCAUAAAACCCGACAGAUUUGAAGGGUGUAUUCUUGACCACAAAAAGAGAUAAUUUUUUUUAAUCGGUUGCGUAAUGUUUUGUGACUGGGAAAUGUUAUGAUAAUGACAAUUCAUGUGAAAAUUUGUUUCUGUAAUAAUAACUCAGUGAAAAACGCCCCUUUGCUGCGACGCUGCCACUAUGUGACUUGGUUUAGGCAUAUCUAAUGACAGACAUUAAAGUUUGAAAGGAAACUCGCAAAAUGUAUCUGUAAAUAAAUUAAAAAAAAACGUCACAAUUAAUAAGGUUGCUCUAGAGGUUUAUGGCAAAAAGGAAAAAACAUAUAAUAUAAUAAUUAAUAUAAUGUUAGUUUAGGCUGUAAUUAACACACUUUCGUAGUUUUAUAAAAAAUGGACUAAUUUUAUUUUUUCAUACAAAAUAAUUCAGCAAGCAAUGUAGCAUGCAAUCUAUCACUACUUUUUAACUCAAAACGUCUCAUUAAUGACGCGAUGUCACAACUGUUUAUUUAGGGCUCCCAAUCUUGAUAUCUACAUCAGUGAAGCUGAUAGGCCGUGUUUCAUUGAUUGAAUGAAAUGAAGAUGACUGAAUUCAUUUAUGGUAUCACACGAAAUCGGAUCAGCGGUUUAACCCUUUACCAGGCUAAGGGAGAUAUAUUCCCCACAUAUGGCACUUCAAACUUGUGUUCUAUUUCCGAUGAGUAAGACUGAUAUUCGAUUUUCAUUUUUGAACUGUCAGCCUGAUAAAGGGUUAAGCGUGGAGUUUUAAAGUUUUUUUUUUUUAAUUUUGUUUUUACUUCGAAAUGGUGACAACUGACAAUGAGAUACUAGAAAUGAAUAUGGCCAACAUUUUUCAAAGCAUUUCCUUCUAUACCUUCUUAUUGCUUGGCCAGGCUCAGGAAUGCAUGGUUAAAAUCUGUCGGGUUAUAUGGGCCCACGGUGUAUACUUAGAUUUCUUGCACUUUUUCAAAAUUACGUUAACAUGGGGGUCGCAAGGCGGCUCGCAGAAGCUCUAGUAGAUAAUUGCAAUGACAAUAAACAGUCACUGCACACAUAUUUCACCGCCAUUCUGAUUAAAUAUUGUGCCAUUUAGUAACUAUUCAGUAUUUGAAUACGUACUUACUUGCACGCCGCUUUGCUCGGUCCAGAGCAAUCUCUACCUCCACUCUAUCCGCCCAACGAUAUUUAGGAUGACCAACAGGACGGCGUCCAGUUGGUCGAUCUAAGUAAACCCUCUUGACUGCCCGAUUGUCACCCAUCCUUUCGAGGUGGCCAAGCCAGCGGAGACUAUGUGCUUCGGUCUCACCUAUUAUAUUCGGCUCGGCUAUUAGUUGUUCUAUUUCGGCAUUCUUUCGAAUCCUCCAACUGCCAUCGUCUCUUUUGACGUUCUGUGACUAGAAGGCUGUUCUCCUUGAGUGUUAAUGUUCAAGCCUCACUCCCAUACAUCAGGAUGGAGCGGAUCAGGGUCUUAUAGAUCCGUAGCUUAGUGCAUCUACUAAGAAGCUGGGACACCAACACCUUACGGAGCGCAGCGCAGCACUGCAGCUUUAUUUGAAUAACUAAAACUAUAAAAAAUUAGAUUUUUUUUUUUUUCAAGUUUUAAAACCACGUAUUUUCAUUCAUCUGCACACUGUUCGACAUUGACAAUGUCUUUUCUAGUCUCGUAUUGUAGCAAAUUUAGUCUACUUUAUAAACGCAUUGAGAAGGCACAAUCACGACUAGUCCUUUAGGGUUAUUAUCGACUAAAUCUAAAAAAGUACGAAAUGUUCGCGGUUUUCUAAAUUUUUGACAAAGUUGCGUUCGGCGCUCGAGGUCACAAAUUUGGAUUAUUUAUUGGGCGAUCAUCAUAAUCAAGCCUGCAUAAAAUAAGAACUACCGGAUUUGACGCAAACGAACCCUAUUACAAAAAUCGAAUAAGUUACUAGAUUGAACCGUAAAUGUUAUGUUUUACUCUAGUUAUAUUACAUGGGUAAUAUGCCUCUUAAUAUCAAUGCUGCUAUCACCAAGUUUUUACCUCUGGCCGUGGUCCAUAUACAACAAAUAUUAUCAAUAAUGUUAACCCAUUCAGGGCCAGCGACUCAGCUUAUUGGUCAUGCUCAAACAGUUCCGCAGGGCCAGUGACUCGCAUGUGAGUCAUGAAUAAAUUCUGAUUUAAACAUAAACGAAAUUUAACGUAAUAACGUACUCGUACGUAUCCACUAGGUUAUCCAUUUCUAUAAGGUAGGUAUAUUAUGAUAAAAAUUAUAAAAGCGUUUGUUUAAUGAAAAUAGAGCUUAGAAUAUUCAUUUUUGGUUUACUAUCAGUGCAAUAAAGUAAAUGUAGCCGCCGUGCAGGUCAGGAUCUCGACGACUCAAACAAAACUUCGAUUUAUAAUGAAGUGAAGUAUAAUCUUCCAAAAGGUACUGGUUAACAAGGGUUCUUGCUAAAACUGUUAAAUGUAGAAAGUGGGUGUUGAUAGUUUGGAGGAUUAUGAAAGAGUGAUUUUCAAUAUUUGAUCGUCUACCGACAAACAAACAAAGGUGGUUCUACAAAAGUGGUUUAAAUUUAGGUGCUUCUAAUUGGCGAUACAAAAUAUUUGGAGCGCUCCUAUUGGUGCUUUUGAAAAGCCUCCGAAUACUGCCGAGCCCGACGGCUGCGUCUAGGUACCGCAUUGGGAAUAUUUUAUAUAAUAAGUUGCAUUCGCAACAGUAAAUAUACUGAAAUUCUAGAUACAUAAGCAUUGCAAGCAAACAGAUAAAUCCAUAUUUCAAAGAUACCAAAAAUAUGUAUAUUUUUGAAGUUAUUGACAUGGCUCAGGGUAUGGGUCACCGUGGCCUGGCGCUACUUGUGAAAACUACAAAAGUUUCCGUAGUAGGCUAAAAUAAACUUUAUUGGCUGGUUUCAUAUUGAAGCUGUUUGAUAUUGUACCAUUUUACAACCGAUUACUGUUUGGAUGAUGGCACGCAACAUUUACCAAACCGUGGUAUAAUGAUAUUUUGUUUUGUGUGAGGGGUAAGGCAACGAGGAUUUUAUCCCACUGUAGUUUUGUGUCAUAAUAUUUGGUGAUCGUUGUAUGGUAUCUUAGGCAAUUACCCAUUAACAAUGAUGUUAAUAUUCAUUCUUUUUUUUUCGUUUCAAUAUAAAACAAGGCAGUUGAAACGGUCACCACUAACUAAUAUUGUAUUAUCAUAAUGGUGUGUGACAAAUAUUUACAAGUAUUAAAAAAUGUUUUGUGUUGUGUCAGGGGUAAGGCAAGGGAAAUGGGUCAAAUAGAACUGCUAACAUUUGACCCAUAAAACAAAAACAAACACAGCAAGUUAAAUAUGUAAAAAGAUAAAAAGUUCAUUCCUACAAACUGCAAUGUUUUUUUUUAUAGGCACUGAAAAAUGGUGGUUAGUUAAAAUGUUGUUCAACUGGCCGGCUUCAUAAGAGGCGAUUUAUUUACCGUACGCACCAGGCCCGGGACCCAUAAGCUGAGUCAUACGUUUUAGCUAAAAACGGUGUGUAUGGUGGCCCAGCGUAUUGUGUACACUCGACGGGCCUUGGCCAUGAGUGGGUUAAAUACCUGUUGCACGGUUGUAUGGUGUACGGAACUAUUUUGCCACUUUGACUGCUACAAAGUAUUUGACGCUGUCUGAACCUACAUUAUAUGACGUUUAAUUUCACGAAUUUGAAUUGUAACCGUUGAAUAUGCAACUAUCAAAAUCGACAUUUGUAUAAUAAAAAAAGAUAGCAAGAAACCGAGGCGGUCACAGGUGGGAAUAUACUCUCGCAUCAACAUUCCAUGCAAUUCUUGCUGGCUAAAGCAGGAACAUCAAAAUUACUCAUACUAAGAAUUGAUAUUUAUAUGUAUAGUAGAUUUAAACAUUGUAUAAAAAGCGCAAAGCUAUUUUUAUAAAUAUUAAUGUUUUUGAUUGUUAUUUGUAAUAUUACCAAUUGUAUCUUACUGGAAAUUUGACUAACAAAUCAUGUUAUUAUCGCAUGUAACACUAUGUUGACUAAAUAAAUAAUGAUUAAUUUAAA